CAGGAGAUUUCUUUAUGUAUAUUCUUAAUGAGUACACGUCAUUACAAUCUCUUCAAUUGCAAGAGCAAAAUUCAAGAUAUCUUUUGACUUUGCUUCAUCUUAUUUUAUCAAUGAUUGAAAAUCUUGGAUAUGUUAUUCUGCAAAAACCCGGUCAAAUUAUUGCAUUUGUGAAUAAUGUAUUGGAGCGGUAUCAUCAGAAAGGUUGUGCGAUACAAGUUGCAAACGAAAAUAAAAAUAAAUUUAGUGAUCUGAAACAUAAAAUUCUUUCGGCUCAAGAUUUUAGUCUAUUAAUUUUAAUACAAAACAACCUUUCACUACAAAAUCAUCAUUCUCCUUCAAUUCGUUCACUUGCACGAAAUCUACAUUUAACUAUUUCAGCACGCGUUGCGUCAUCACAAACUUCAUCUGCUAGUAAUGAUUUUGAACAAAUUCACCGGCGAGAAGGUUAUAAAAAAUUUCAAGAAGCCAUGGAUGCCUUGCAAGAUGACAUAUUACCAAUUAAGGCACGUGGUCUUGUGAUACUUAAAGAAAUGGUUCUUGAGAAAGAUAUAAUAAUGGAGGAAGAAGAGAAUUUGAAUAGGGUUUUGGAUAUUUUUGUGAACAUGGUUCAAGAUGAGGAGAGUUUUAUAUAUUUUAAUGCCGUGAAAGGGUUAUCUGCAUUGACUGAUAUUCAUGGUGAAAAAAUUAUGAAAAAAUUGAUGGCAAUUUAUGUGGAUGGUUCUCAAAAUCUUGAUAAUCGACUACGUAUCGGAGAGGCUAUUUUGCAAACUAUUCAGCGAUGUGGAGAUGCACUUGGGAAAUAUAUAAUGGCACUUUUACCGCCAUUGUUGUAUGUACUGAACAAAGAGCAAAAUCAAACGUUAAAAAUAUCAGCGUUAAGCAUUAUCGGAUGUGCAUGUGAAACAUCUCCCCUGGCAUUAUCAACUUGGUUUAGAGAUGUCAUUGAUUGGGUCUUGAAUAUUUUGGAUAUUCAAAAAGAAAUUGAGGUUCGAAGAGCAUCUAUUGUUCUAUUGAUAUCUCUUUUUCGUGGUCUUUCCUCACAUUCACAAUCAAUAUAUACAAUACCAAAAGAUUUACUUGAAAGAAUUUGGAGAACUUUAAAAUACAUUGAAGAAACCGAUAAAGAUGAAUUGAUUAGAUUUCAUGCUAGAAUUGGAAUUAGUGAUUUGAAUAUUAUUUCACAAGAAGAAAUGUUUAAUGUAUAG